AUGAAUUUUUCCGACGACGAACUUGCAAUGAUAGCAAUAUUACUUGAUGAAGAAGAGGAAGAGAAAAUAGUUUCACGGGAGCCUAGGAAGUUUUGGGUCCACGCUGCUUGGAAGAAACGUGAAACCGAGGGUGAAUUCGCAACUUUGUACAAAGAAUUAAUACACGACGAGAUUAAGUUCUAUGAGUACUUUAGGAUGUCAAUGUAUUCUUUCAAUGUAUUGUUUAAAAAAAUUGAAAAUGAUAUUCAAAAACAAAACACCAACUUUAGGCUAUGUAUUCCACCUAGGCAUCGAUUAGCAGUAUGUUUAAGAUUUUUAUCAACGGGUGAUUCUAUGAAAACUAUAUCAUUCAGUUAUCGACUGGGACAUUCAACUGUUCACGAAAUAGUGACAGAUACAUGUAAAAUUAUAGUAGACAAACUGAUGUCAGAGGUAAUGCCAGUACCCACAUCUGCCAAAUGGAAGGAAAUUUCCGACGAGUUUUGGAAUUGUUGGAACUUUCCAAAUUGUAUAGGUUCAUUAGAUGGGAAGCAUGUUGUUAUUCAAGCGCCACCCAACAGUGGUUCGCAAUAUUUUAAUUAUAAGAAAACAUUUUCAAUAGUACUCAUGGCCCUUGUCGAUGCACAUUAUAACUUUAUUGCUGUUGAUGUUGGUGCAUAUGGAAGGAGCAGCGAUGGCGGGAUUUUGAUGCAUUCUAAACUAGGCAAAAUGUUAGAUCAGAAGAAAUUGAACGUGCCACCAAGCGUUGCCCUCCCGGGAACAACAAAUGUUGUUCCCUACGUAAUCUUGGGGGACGAGGCGUUCCCGCUGAAAGAGUAUCUAAUGAGACCUUAUCCAGGCAAACAACUACAUGACAAUUCUAGAAGAAUAUACAACUAUAGGCAUUGUAGAGGACGAAGAGUCGUCGAAAAUACAUUUGGCAUUCUAACGCAAAAGUUUCGAAUAUAUAACAGAAGAAUUCAAGCCAAACCAGAGAACGUGGACAAUAUAAUUUUGGCUACUUGUGUCUUACACAAUUUUAUAAAAAUUUAUGAUGGUAAACAAGUAUACAAUCGGAUUGAUAAAUCGAGAAGUGUAAAUGAUUAUACAGAUGCAAUUACAUUACAAAAUGUCCCUUUGCAUGGAGGUAACGCAAGCCAAGAAGCAUUUCAGGUCAGAGAAACAUUUAAAGAUUUUUUUAAUUCCGAAGCUGGAUUAGUUUCAUGGCAAAAUAAUUUUAUAUAA